CUGGGUGGCUGGCUGGGCGGGUGGCAGGCUAGGCGGCCAUCCAGGUUAGUAAGCUCAGGUCCACUGGCAGUCGCUCUCUGUUCCCGUCGUGACACGGUCGCUGCUGCUCCUCCUCCUGCCGGUGCUCCACUGCUCUCCGUCAUGAACCUCCAGAUAAAAGGACGGACCGUCAUAAACAACUGGGUCCCGCGCUGUAAGGGGAUCUAUAGUGCGGAAAUAGCCAAGGAGACCAUGGGAGUCAACACCCCAGGCAGACAUUUACAGAACACCAUAAAAAGAGGAUGGAAACGCCGUUUUCUGCGAGAGGAAAGGGCGCGCUCUAAUGUCCCAGCUGCGACUCGGGAAGUCGUGAGGUACAGGCUACCAGCCUUCGCCACCAAGGGUAAAGAAGGAAGCAACACACCAAAAGGCAAAAGGGCUAAAUAUUUCGGACGACCAGUUGGAAAGUCGCUAAAUCAGGGCUUCUUUAACUAUACUAGGGAUCGCCAGUUAAGGAGCCAGCUAGAAACGCUGACCAGCGCAACUAAAACUCUGUUCUAUAAGGCUCCCGUAGAGAGGAAACAGCUGGACUUGAAGCCCCUCAAGGACUCCAAACUACCUGUCAUCUUCGUCUUGGGAGGACCCGGGUGCGGGAAGGGGACGCAGUGUGACAAGAUCGUGCAGAAGUAUGGCUACACCCACCUCUCCUCCGGCGACCUGCUGAGGGAGGAGGUCAGCUCGGGCUCGGAGCGGGGCAAGAGUCUCAACGCCAUCAUGGAGAAGGGCGACCUCGUCCCUCUGGAGGUGGUGUUGGACCUGCUGGCGGAGGCCAUGCUGGCGCGGGUCUCAACCUCCAAAGGCUUCCUCAUCGACGGUUAUCCUCGAGAACAGGCCCAGGGCGUCCAGUUCGAGCAGUCGAUCAUGCCGUGUACCAAGGUGCUGUACUUCGAGGUCCCCGACGAGGUGAUGGUGGAGCGACUCCUGCACCGCGCUAAGACUUCCGGCCGCGUCGACGACAACGAGGAGACCAUCAAGAAGCGACUGGCAACUUUCCACAAGCACUCCAAGCCCGUCAUCGACUACUACAAGGACAAGUGCAGCACCAUCGUGGCCCUCAGCUCUCCUGAUGAUGUAUUUGCCGAAGUACAGAAAGCUCUUGGCAACUUGCAGUAAACACACUUAAGUUCAUUUUGCGAAGUUUAUCAACGAUACUUAUAAUGAAACCGGAUUCUCAAAUAUGCACAACAGAGAUUUACAGGUUAAGACACAAAGAUAUCUCUUGUGACUUGGUCUCAUACAGAUAUAAAUGUUGAUGUACAUAGACAAAAGUGUCGAUAGACUUCGUAAAUAGAUAUCGUUGCUUAAAUAAUUGCUCGGGAUGACACGACCACAGCGCCACCCAUAUUGGGUGGUAGAGCUCGCAAGCAACACCGUAAACACAGCAACAAUGGGGACUACUGGUGACACCUGUGAUUGUAUUUUUGUUGACGAAGGAUUCUCUGUUACAAAUCAUUUUGAGUAUAUGAGUGUUCGACUGAGACUGUGGGAGAACGUCUGUAACUGUGAUUAAAGUCCCCUCUUGGUGCUAUUGUUGACUGUUAAUAAAUCAUUGUUAUCAAUUGA